GCAAACAUCCAUCUUUUUUCCUCUUCACAUUUGCUUAAGAUGCUCAGGGUACUUUUACAGAGGACGGCUCACUUGAAUAAUUCAGUUGCGCCUCUUAUUACUUUAAAAAGAAACAAAAAACAUACAAAAGAUUUAAACUAACCAAAACAAUGGGCUGUAUUCAAAGCUUCAGGCAAUUGUGUGACUAUCCAAAGAAUACUAAUGUUCAUAUCAGUUUUCCAGCAGUGUGCUUUGUGUGGCAAACUGCCAUGAUCAUCUUGUUUGGGAUUUUUAUUCGUUACAAUGAAGAAUCAGAUCCACACUGGGUAGAGCACAAAAAAGCUAACAAUCUAUCCGACCUUGAUAAUGACUUCUACUUCAGAUAUCCAAGUUUCCAGGAUGUCCAUGUAAUGAUCUUUAUUGGAUUUGGCUUCCUGAUGACAUUUCUUAAGCGCUACAGCUUCGGCGCGGUGGGUUUUAACUUCCUCAUCGCAGCCUUCGGCAUCCAAUGGGCACUGCUAAUGCAAGGCUGGUUCCACUCCCUGGAUGCAGAGGGAAAGAUCAGAAUUGGAGUUGAAAACCUGAUCAAUGCUGACUUCUGUGUGGCGAGCUGCUUAAUAGCCUACGGGGCGGUGCUUGGUAAAGUCAGUAAUGUCCAGCUGCUGGUUCUGACUCUGUUUGGCGUCACAUUGUUUGCUGUGGAUGAAUAUAUUAUCGUGAGUGUCAUACAUGCCAGAGAUGCUGGGGGCUCCAUGUCGAUCCACACAUUUGGAGCUUAUUAUGGUCUUUGCAUCUCAUGGAUGCUCUAUCGGCCAAACCUGAACCAGAGCAGUCGUCUGCAGGGCUCCGUCUACCACUCAGAUGUCUUUGCUAUGAUUGGCACCCUCUUCCUGUGGAUGUUUUGGCCCAGCUUCAACUCAGCCAUUUCAGACCACGGGGACGGGCAGCACAGAGCAGUCAUUAACACCUACCUGGCUUUGGCCUCAACUGUGCUCACUUGUAUGGCCAUCUCGAGUCUCUUCAACAAGCAUGGAAAACUAGACAUGGUUCACAUCCAGAACUCCACUCUUGCUGGAGGUGUUGCAGUGGGGACUGCAGCAGAGUUCAUGCUGAUGCCCUAUGGUGCUCUGAUCGUAGGAUUCUGCUGUGGUAUAAUCUCCACACUGGGAUAUAUCUACCUCACGCCUUUCAUGGAGAAGCAUUUGAAGAUCCAGGACACAUGUGGAAUCCAUAACCUGCAUGCCAUGCCAGGACUCAUAGGUGGCAUUGUGGGAGCCAUUACUGCUGCAUCUGCAUCAAAGUCUGUUUAUGGCGAAGAAGGGCUCAUUAACACCUUUGACUUUGAGGGUAAAUUCAAAGAUGUGGUACCCACACAGCAGGGUGGGUAUCAGGCUGCAGGCCUCUGUGUGGCUCUCUGCUUUGGUGUGGGCGGAGGCAUCCUUGUCGGUUGUAUCUUAAGAUUACCUAUCUGGGGAGAUCCUGCAGAUGACAAUUGUUUUAAUGAUGAGGCCUACUGGGAGCUUCCUGAGGAUGAAGAGGCUGCCUCACCAGUCCUUCAUUACAACAACCACAUGCAGAACAAAGAUGUAGCGGAGUCACAUUUCACUAUGGAGCAGACCUGACGCUAGUCCUUGAACCUGAUGGAUCUCUGUCUUUAUCGCACUGCCCCUUUGUUCCUUUUUUAUUUUCCUGCUGGACAGAAAUAUUAAUAUCAAUUAUUCCAAUCAAUUAUAAAUGUUACUUUAAAUGGUUGUAAGAGAAAUAUUUGAAUCAUGUUUUGUAUUACGUUUUCUUCAAAUCCACUUGAGUUGCUUGAGUUGAGUAGCUUUCACACCUUUUUUCUAAUAUCAUUUUUUUCUGUCUGUGUGACGUAAAAGACUGCAGGUAACAUUUAUUAAAGAGAAUACACAGACUUUUUGGGAACUUUAUGCUGUCAGCUUCAUUUAUGUUUAGUUGAGUUUCCAUAUAUUACAAUUAGAUGCAUUAAAAACAGAAAUAAUUUUGAGUGUCUUCAUGAACAUGUUUUACAUUGAGAGGUAUGGAUCAUGUUACUGAUUAUGGAUUU